AUGGUUCUGGAAAUGCUGAACCAAAUGCACUCUAACAUCACCAGCAUGAUGCCCGAAGUCAUGCCCAUGGCUGCCAUGCCAAUCCUGCUGCUUGUGGGCUUCCUCCUUUUGAUGUGGAACUGUGAGAGCACAGCCUCAAUUCCAGGUCCUGGCUACUGUCUGGGAAUUGGGCCGCUCAUUUCCCAUGGCAGAUUCCUGUGGAUGGGGAUUGGCAAUGCCUGCAACUACUACAACAAGACAUACGGAGAAUUCAUGAGAGUCUGGAUAAAUGGAGAGGAAACACUUAUUAUCAGCAAGUCCUCAAGUAUGUUCCAUGUAAUGAAACACAGUCACUAUAUUUCCCGAUUUGGCAGCAAGCCUGGGCUACAAUGCAUUGGGAUGCACGAGAAUGGCAUCAUAUUUAACAAUAACCCAGACAUCUGGAAAGCUGUUCGACCUUUCUUUAUGAAAGCUCUGACAGGCCCUGGUCUUGUUCGCAUGGUAGCAGUCUGUGCUCAGUCCAUCAUAAGGCACCUGGACAGGAUGGAGGAGGUCACCAGUACAUCAGGCAAUGUGGACGUGCUGACCCUUAUGCGGCGCACCAUGCUGGACACCUCCAACGUGCUCUUCCUGGGGAUCCCCUUGGACGAAAUUUCCAUCGUGAGGAAAAUCCAGGGUUAUUUUGAUGCAUGGCAAGCUCUCAUUAUCAAACCAAACAUCUUCUUUAAGAUUUCUUGGCUCUACAAAAAGUAUGAAAAGCCUGUGAAGGAUUUGAAAGAUGCCAUAGAUAAUUUGGUAGAAGAAAAAAGACACAAGGUUUGCACAGCAGAGAAACUGGAAGAGUGUAUGGAUUUUGCCACUGAGUUGAUUUUUGCUGAGAAACGUGGAGAACUCACAAGAGAGAAUGUGAACCAGUGCAUACUGGAAAUGCUCAUUGCAGCGCCUGACACCAUGUCUGUCUCGGUGUACUUCAUGCUGUUUCUCAUAGCAGAGCACCCUAAGGUUGAAGAGGCCAUCAUGAAGGAAAUCCAGACAGUCAUUGGUGAAAGAGACAUAGAAAUUGAUGAUAUACAGAAAUUAAAAGUGCUAGAAAACUUCAUCUAUGAGAGCAUGCGCUACCAGCCUGUGGUGGAUUUGGUCAUGCGCAAAGCCUUAGAAGAUGAUGUCAUUGAUGGCUACACAGUGAAAAAGGGAACUAACAUUAUCCUGAAUAUUGGAAGAAUGCAUAGACUGGAGUUUUUCCCUAAGCCCAAUGAAUUUACUCUAGAAAACUUUGAGAAGAAUGUUCCUUACAGGUAUUUUCAGCCGUUUGGCUUUGGGCCCCGUAGCUGUGCAGGGAAAUACAUUGCCAUGGUGAUGAUGAAAGUCAUCCUGGUGACCCUUCUGAGACGAUUCCAUGUGAAGACACUGCAAGGAAGGUGUGUGGAAAACAUACAGAAAACGAGCAACCUGUCCACACACCCAAAUGAGACAGUUGACCUGCCAAAAAUGAUUUUAAUCCCAAGAAAUUCAGAAAAGUGUCUCAAACACUGAAGAGGACUGGUCAGCACCUAAUCUGGAGCAUUUCUCAUUAGCAUGUCACACAGAAUCAUCACUGUUUAGGUAGUGUCAUCCUCACAGUGAACACUCGAGGCCCAAGAUGUUACACGAGCCUAGCACCGACUCACGUCAGCAUGACGGCAACUAUCAGACUUCUACUCUUCUCCAAACCAGAGAACCCAAGUGCAAGAGAAGCGCUUGUAGAAGCAGUCAGUGAAAUGCUGCAGCACUGAAUGAACAU